AUGUUUGGAAGUUUUACUGUUCCCGUUGGAUUCAACGGUGAUUCUCAUUACCGUAACAUGUUUGGAAGUUUUACUGUUCCCGUUGGAUUCAACUGUGAUUUUCAUUACCGUAACAUGUUUGGAAGUUUUACUGUUCCCGUUGGAUUCAACGGUGAUUCUCAUUACCGUAACAUGUUUGGAAGUUUUACUGUUCCCGUUGGAUUCAACGGUGAUUCUCAUUACCGUAACAUGUUUGGAAGUUUUACUGUUCACGUUGGAUUCAACGGUGAUUUUCAUUACCGUAACAUGUUUGGAAGUUUUACUGUUCACGUUGGAUUCAACGGUGAUUUUCAUUACCGUAACAUGUUUGGAAGUUUUACUGUUCCCGUUGGAUUCAAUGGUGAUUUUCAUUACCGUAACAUGUUUGGAAGGUAUACUGUUCCCGUUGGAUUCAACUGUGAUUUUCAUUACCGUAACAUGUUUGGAAGUUUUACUGUUCAUGUUGGAUUCAACGGUGAUUCUCAUUACCGUAACAUGUUUGGAAGUUUUACUGUUCACGUUGGAUUCAACGGUGAUUUUCAUUACCGUAACAUGUUUGGAAGUUUUACUGUUCACGUUGGAUUCAACGGUGAUUUUCAUUACCGUAACAUGUUUGGAAGGUAUACUGUUCAUGUUGGAUUCAACGGUGAUUUUCAUUACCGUAACAUGUUUGGAAGGUAUACUGUUCACGUUGGAUUCAACGGUGAUUUUCAUUACCGUAACAUGUUUGGAAGUUUUACUGUUCCCUUUGGAUUCAAUGGUGAUUUUCAUUACCGUAACAUGUUUGGAAGUUUUACUGUUCACGUUGGAUUCAACUGUGAUUUUCAUUACCGUAACAUGUUUGGAAGGUAUACUGUUCACGUUGGAUUCAACGGUGAUUUUCAUUACCGUAACAUGUUUGGAAGUUUUACUGUUCCCGUUGGAUUCAAUGGUGAUUCUCAUUACCGUAACAUGUUUGGAAGUUUUACUGUUCCCGUUGAGAUCACUCUUCAGGACGUGAAUGACAAUCCUCCGAUCUUUCCCACCGACACGCUGGACGUCACAAUCCAGGAGAACAUCAGUGAUGGCUUCAGGAUAAUGCAGCUAACAGCCACAGAUGCAGAUGAGGGUCCGAAUGCUUUGGUGACGUACGCCAUCAUCAGCGGAGCAGACGACAGUUUCCGUAUCGAUCCCGAAUCUGGCGAGCUGAUCGCCACCAAGCGCCUGGACAGAGAGCGCCGCUCGAAGUAUUCGUUACUUGUGCGUGCCGACGACGGUCAGCAGUCAUCAGACGUACGAGUCAACAUCACCGUCAGCGACAUGAACGAUCACGCGCCCAAGUUUUCCCGCUCUGUAUAUUCGUUUGAUAUUCCAGAGGACAUGACUCCAGGUUCUAUCGUGGCAGCGAUCUUGGCCAGUGACUCUGACUCGGGGUCAAAUGGUGAGAUCACGUACUUGAUAGAGGAAGACGACGAAGACUCAACCUUCCUCCUGAAUCCGGUCACCGGUGUGUUUAACGUCACUCGUUCUCUGGACUACGAGUCUCGGCGGUUCUUCAUCCUGAUGGUCCAGUCCCGGGACGGAGGCGGACUCUCCAGUUCCGUCCGUGUCUACUUCAACCUGUUGGACGUCAACGACAACCCGCCAGUCUUCAACAGCUCCAUGUACAGCACAUCAAUCCUCGAGAGUUUGAGUCCAGGAGCGGCCGUCCUCACCGUCCGCGCGACAGACGCGGAUGACGGGCUGAAUGCACAGCUGCAGUACACUAUAGUGUCCGGUGACCCGCAGUCGCAGUUCACCAUAACGAACACGGGCGUCUUACAGACCAAGAACGUCUUAGACCGAGAGACUCAGUCAUUCUACAACCUGGUUAUCACCGUUAACGACUUAGCCCCGCCUCCCAUGACCCGCUUCACCAGUACCACCCAGGUGUCAAUCAUACUCCUGGACGUCAACGACUGCCCGCCCACUUUCACCUCUCAGAAGAUGGCGUACAUUCAGGAGAACACCCCAGUGGAUACCGUUGUGUUUACCGCGCAGGCCACCGACGCGGACAGCGGGCCAAACAGCUACGUGGAAUAUUCACUGAAGGGGCCAUUCGGAAACAAGUUCAGCAUCGGGAACAUCGACGGCGGAGUCAUGCUGGUCGGGGAGUUGGACCGAGAGGAGAUGGCGAAUUACACGCUAGCAGUCGUGGCCACCGAUAAAGGUGAACCGUCUCUUUCGUCCACCAUGGAGGUCACCAUGAUCGUUCUGGACGUGAACGACAACACGCCGAGCUUCUCGCAGAACAUCUACGACAUCGAAAUCGAGGAAAACACGUUCACCGGAACCGACGUCCUCCAGGUUUCUGCCAGCGACGCAGACGAGGGAACCAAUGGGCAGAUUCGGUUUUCCAUUGCUAGUGGAAACGUGAAUUCCGAUUUUCGGAUUGACUCCGUAACGGGAGUUAUCUCAGCGGCAAAACUCCUCGAUCGCGAGACGCGGUCUUCAUAUUCUCUGGUUGUUCAGGCAACAGAUCGGGGCAGUAGCCCCCGGACGGAUCGCGCCACCGUUAACAUCGUCCUUUCGGAUGUAAAUGACUGUUCGCCAACAUUUGAGUUGUCGCCAUACACCGUCAUCGUACAGGAGAACCUGGGAAACCUGCCCAAAAACAUCCUACAGGUCGUGGCCCGUGACGAUGACCUGGGCACUAACGGUCAGGUCAGUUAUACUCUCAGUGGUGGGAACGAUGCGGGAGCGUUCAGUCUCUCCUCGAGCGGUCAACUCAACCUCAUCAGAACACUGGACAGGGAAACUCAGGACAAAUACACUCUCAUCGUCACCGCGCAUGAUGCAGGAUCUGAGUCUCUGAGCGGGUCUGGUACUGUCAUGGUUUUGGUCGGUGAUGUGAAUGAUAAUAUUCCAUCAUUCAGCUCCACGUCAUUCCACACGACCAUUCCUGAGGACGCACCGACCGGAACCGACGUGCUGCUGCUCAACAGCUCAGACGCUGAUGUGGGACUCAAUGGAGUGAUCAGUUACAGUCUCAGUGGUGGGGAUGGACAGUUCUCCAUAAACCCGUCGACAGGCCUGAUCAUCACCAGCUCCUUACUGGAUCGAGAGACAUGGGCGAGUUACCAGCUGCUGGUUGUGGCCUCAGAUGGCGGGCAGCCUACACCUCUUUCCAGCUCUGCCACGGUAUCUGUGGUAGUGGCCGACAUCAACGAUAACCCUCCACGCUUUCACCAUCAUCCCUACGUCACCCACAUACCUGCCUCCACCUCUACAGGUUCUCUGGUCUUUGCCGUCACGGUAACAGAUGAAGAUUUUGGCUCAAAUGCUCAGCUUCACUAUUCACUCACCGGACGAUAUUCGGAAAAGUUUAAGAUUGACCCGAUCAGAGGUGCCAUCACUGCCAACGAACAACUCAAGGGGAGCUCAGAGGUCACCCUUACCGUCCAUGUAAAAGAUGGAGGCUCCAACCCCAAAACGGACAGUACGACGGUCACUGUUCGCUUUGUUACUGGUGGAGACUUUCCCCAUAUUAGACUGAAGGAAAAAACCUUCACCUUCCCAGAAAACAAACCCACAAACACUGUUGUUACGAAGGUGACUGGAGCCUCGUCCAGGGCAGGUUCUCUGUCGUACUACAUUGCAAGUGGAAACCUGGACAAUGCAUUCCAUAUAGAUCAGCUUUCAGGAGAGUUGUCUAUUAAAAAGUCUCUGGACUACGAGAAUAUUGAGAAGUAUGUCUUGUGGAUUGAAGCCAGAGAUCAAGGCUUCCCUCCUUACUCAGCCUAUGAGAAAGUUGAGAUCACCGUGUUGGACGUUAAUGACAACCAUCCUGUUUUCGGGCAAGAGCCGUUCCACGCUGACGUUCUAGAAAAUGUCUCGCCUCAACGUGUGCUGAUCAUCUCUGCGUUGGACCAGGACAGUGGACUGAACGGGCAGGUGGAAUAUGCAAUCAUUGAUGGCAACAAAGAAAACAGCUUCAGCAUCAACCAUGCAACUGGUGAAAUCCGCACUACCCGACCUCUGGACCGAGAGAAGGUUGCUCAGUAUUCUUUGAGAGUGAAGGCAACAGAUCGUGGCAGUCCUCCUAAAAGCACUGCAGUCAAAGUCCUAAUCAGCGUGCUGGACGUCAAUGACAAUGCUCCCAGAUUCUCCAAAAUCUUCAGUGCCACGGUGCCUGAAAAUGCUCCAGUGGGCUUCACUGUGACACGAGUAACAACCACCGAUGAGGAUGCAGGUGCUAACGCUAUUAGCCGAUAUUCCAUCAGUGACGCAAGUCUCCCUUUCAUCAUCCACCCCAGUACUGGUGACAUCACCAUCAGCAGACCUCUUAACAGAGAAGACACAGACCACUACAUUGCCAAAGUCUCCGCACAUGAUUCAGGAUGGACUGUAAGCACAGACGUCACAAUAUUUGUGACAGAUGUGAACGAUAACGCUCCAAGAUUCAGUAAGCCAUCAUAUUACCUGGACUAUCCUGAGCUGAUGGAGGUUGGAUCGAUUGUGACUCGAGUCUCAGCCACAGAUCCUGAUGAAGGAUUCAACGGUAAAAUAUUUUACUUCAUCAGAUCCCAGACGGAGUAUUUUCGAAUCAGUUCCAGCUCUGGCGAGAUCUUCAUUAAACAGCAGCUCAAGUACCAAAACUCAACUGGCCACAGUAACGUCAAUGUAAAUCGACAUAGUUUCAUUGUUACCGCUUCAGACCGAGGUAUCAAGCCCCUCAUGAGCGAAUCUACAGUCAUCAUAAAUGUUGUCGACAGUAAUGAUAACCCACCCACAUUUGAAUCUUCCUUUUACAUUACUCCAGUUACUAAAAGUGUCAAGGUUGGCACCAAACUCCUGAAAGUUACAGCCCAUGAUGAGAAGGAUUUUGGGCUGAACUCUGAAAUAGAGUAUGCUGUAUCUGGGGGCAACAGUUCCAGCAAGUUCCGCUUGGAUAAACAAACCGGAUGGGUUAUGGUAGCAUCCUCGCUCACCGCAGACACAAAUAAAGUUUACCUGCUUGAAAUAACAGCAAGUGACAAAGGAAACCCUCCACUCUCAGCUAAGACAUCAGUCAGAGUAGCCAUUACUGAAGAGAACCAUCAUACGCCAGAGUUUUCACAGAACCAAGUUACAGUCACAGUGUCUGAAAGUCUGACUGUCGGCACAGCCAUCCGUACGCUUUCAGCAAGAGAUAAGGACAAGGACAAACAAAUGAAUGGCCUGAUUAUGUACAACAUCUCCUCAGGUAAUGAGGAUGGCUUGUUUUCAGUGAACAGUCAGACUGGCGUUUUAACGCUCGCAAAACCACUGGAUUACGAGAACAAGCAGAGACAUGAACUCAGAAUUUCAGCAACAGAUGGAGGAUGGAUUGCCAAGACAAGUUAUGUAACAGUUAACAUCCACGUCACUGACAUAAACGAUAACCCUCCUGUGUUUGAUCCUGUUGAGUAUUUCCCCAUCGUACAAGAGAAUGUCCCGAGUGGAACUACUGUAGUAAAAAUGAAUGCGACAGAUAAAGACUCUGGACCAAAUGCUCUGAUGGCAUACGUCAUCCAGUCUUCAGACAGCGAUCUGUUUAUAAUUGAUCCGAACACAGGAAUCAUCACCACACAAGGGUUCCUGGACUAUGAAUCUAAACAGGUGUAUCACCUGACCGUCAAAGCCUUCAAUGUUCCAGAUGAAGAACGAUGCAGCUUUGCUUAUAUUAACAUUCAGCUGAAAGGGGCGAAUGAGUACGUCCCACGCUUUGUUUCAAAGCAGUACUACUUUGAGGUCUCAGAAGCGGCACCUAAAGGAACAGUUGUUGGGGAGGUGUUUGCCAGUGACAGAGACUUGGGAGAAGAUGGUGUGGUUUAUUACUUGAUCUUUGGCCAAAGCAGGAAAAAGGGUUUUAGCAUUAAUAAAACGACAGGCCAGAUAUAUGUCUCUGGACUGCUUGAUCGUGAAAAAGAAGAAAAGAUCUCUCUCAAAGUCUUAGCAAAGAAUGCAGGGAGCAUAGGAGGGGCAGAUAUCGAUGAGGUGAUUGUGAAUAUUACUAUUCUGGAUGCCAAUGAUCCUCCUGUAUUCACCCAGGAACUCUACGAUGUCCAGGUGAAUGAGGGACUCCCUACUGGGGGCCUGGUCACAUUUGUCAGUGCAGAAGAUUCAGAUUCUGUCCCCAGCUGGAGCAGAUUUACCUAUGCCAUAGCAGCUAACAACGGAAGGAAUACCUUCACUAUAAACCCUCAAACUGGACAGGUAUCUGUGGCAGCAGAACUUGACAGAGAGACCAUUCCUGUAUACAACCUCACUCUUCUUGCAGUGGACUCGGGUUCUCCAGCUGCUACCGGCACUGCCAUUUUGAUUGUGACCCUGGAGGACAUCAACGACAAUGGGCCAACCUUGCUGACUACAAGUGGGGAGGUGAUGGAGAACCAGAGGGCAGGAACACCUGUGAUGACCCUCAGCUCAAGUGAUCCAGAUCUUGCACCAAAUCAAGGUCCAUUCUCUUACAGCCUUAUCAGCACUAGAUCAGCACCCAGCUACUUCAACCUCAGCCCAGCUGGAGAGCUGACCACCAGCCGAGAGAUUGACAGAGAGCAGAUCAGUGAUUUCUACCUCUCUGUAAUGAUCAAGGACUCUGGUAUUCCUCAAAUGUCUGCAACGGCAACUGUCCAUGUCAAAGUCAGUGAUCAGAAUGAUAAUCCCUCUGAGUCCCGCUCUGUGGAAAUCUAUGUCCAUUAUUUUGGUAACAUGUUUUCUGGGGGAUCUCUGGGCGUUGUGAAGCCACAGGAUCCAGAUAUACAGGACACAUUUCAUUGUUCUCUGACUCCCCCAGUGGUGACUCUCUUCAGCAUUCCUACAGGAACCUGUGACCUCAACUCUAACAGUCGCUCAACUGAUGGCACGUUUGAUUUAAUGGUGCGUAGCAGUGAUGGGGUUCAUGAUGCAGUCAAAAGCAAUGUACGUGUUUUCUUUAUCGGAUUCAGUAAUGCCACAGUGGACAACAGCAUUCUGAUACGUCUCGUCUCUCAAAGUGCCAGCGACUUCCUCAACAAUCACUACCUUAGUUUCUUGCGUAUCGCCAAUUCACAGCUAGCAGGUCUGGGCACCGGAGUUCACAUCUAUGGGGUAUUUGAACUCAACAACAACACUUUUCUGAUGGCCGCUGUCAAGCGAGGUCAUGGGCAGUACGUCAAUCCGAGCGGAGUUGCCACAUUCUUCCAGAGCAUCAAGGAGAUUCUGCACAGACAAAGUGGAGUUAAGAUAGACUCUGUGGACCAUGAUCCCUGCUCCCAUAAUCCAUGUCAAAACGGGGGCAGCUGUAAGAGGCGUCUGGGGGUGGGACCUGACAUGAAGAUAGAGGAGAGUGUCCCAGUCAUUCUUGUUUCAAAUCGCCCCCUACAGCCUUACGCCUGUAACUGCAGGCCAGGAUAUGCAGGUGCCCUCUGUGAAACUGACAUCGAUGAGUGCCAGCCGACACCUUGCCACAAUGGAGGAACUUGCCACAACUUGGUGGGCGGUUUCUCCUGCUCUUGUCCUGAAGGUUUCACUGGGAUGGCCUGUGAGAGGGACAUCAACGAGUGCCUUUCAAACCCCUGCCAGAAUGGGGCACUGUGCCAGAAUUACCCUGGGGGCUUUAACUGCCUGUGCAAAUCUGGAUUUGCAGGGAAAACCUGUGACUCCAUCAUCAAUUACUGUGAGUGUAACCCCUGUUUUAAUGGGGGCUCCUGCCAGAACCGGGUGGACGGCUAUUACUGUCACUGUCCUUUUGGUGUGUUUGGAAAGCACUGUGAACUCAACAGUUAUGGGUUUGAGGAGCUUUCAUACAUGGAGUUCCCCAGCCUCGACCCAAACAACAACUACAUCUAUAUCAAGUUUGCCACAAUGAAGGAGAACGCCUUGCUCUUGUACAACCACGACAACCAGACCGGCGACAAGGCUGAGUUUCUGGCCCUUGAGAUCUUCGAAGGCAGAAUGAGGUUCUCGUUUAAUCUGGGCAGCGGCACUAACAAACUCAUGACGACCAUCAGGGUCUCAGAUGGCCAGUUUCACAAGGUCAUCGCCAGGAGAGCGGGCAUGGCGGCGUCUCUGACGGUUGAUCUGUGUGGAGACGAGCAGGAACCAGGAUACUGUGCUGUCAGUAGAGUGGCUGUUCAUACUGACUGGAUUCUGGACGUUCAACCGAAUCGUCUGUCUGUGGGCGGUGUUCGCUCAUUUGAAGCCCUUCUGCAUCGUAAAGGUCAGGUGACCACGCAUGACUUUGUGGGGUGCAUCAUGGAGUUUGCCGUCAACGGACGACCGCUGGAGCCAUCGCAAGCUCUGGCAUCACACGGCAUUCUGGACAGAUGUCCCAGGUUAGAGGGUGCGUGUGUUGCUGACCCCUGUGGACACGGGGGCACAUGUGUGGACAUGUGGUCAUGGCAACAGUGCCAGUGUGCUGAGGGAUUCACUGGACCAACCUGUGAGAAAUACAUGACGGCAGACACGGCUCUCUCUCUGGACGGUUCUGGUCGUCUGGAUUACAGUCUGAGUCAGAGCCGCAAGAGAGACGUGUUGCUGGCGAGAGCGCUGCAGGACAGCGGAAGACCCGUCGCGGAGUACAGCAGUCUGGAGCUGAAGUUCCGAACUCGCAGCGGCUCGGGAACAAUUCUGCACGCGCAAGAGAGCUCCAACUACACCACCAUCAGGCUGAAGAACGGUCUUCUGCAGUAUGUGUCUGACGCUGGUGCCGCCGGUAAGGUGGAGAGGAUUGUGGGAGAUGUAGUUCUGUCUGACGGUCAGUGGCAUACACUGAUUCUCCAGAGAAACGGAUCAUCCACAGCGCUCCGCAUCGAUCUGUUCAGCUCGAAGGUCAUUCCGCACCACACACAGGACUUCGGAGGGAUCGAUGUUCACACACUGUCUCUGGGGGGCGUCCCGACUCGACCCACACAACAGAAAACUCCUCCAGGUUUUGAAGGCUGUUAUGCCUAUGUGAAGUACAAUGGAGAGAUGCUCCCCUUCAGCGGUGAACACAGAACUGUGUCCAUCUCUAAAACGGACCCCUCUGUGAAGAUAGGCUGCCGUGGCCCAAAUCUGUGUGAGAGCAGUCCGUGCUGGGACGGGCUGAUGUGUGUGAAUCAGUGGUACACCUACCAGUGCGUCCCGCCGGGUGACUGCACCUCGAACCCUUGUCAGCACGGCGGCAGCUGCGUGCCCGGUGCACGCGGAGGCUUCACCUGCAUGUGCGAGGAAUUCUUCACUGGCAGAGUGUGUGAGAGCCUGGUGGCCUGUCUGGGCAUCCAAUGUCCACAGGGUACACAGUGUAAACUGGGAGCCAAUGGAGGGUUCACUUGCAGUCCGAUUGCCACUGCAGAGGAGAUGGUUCUACCCAUCUGGGCGGUGCCAGCAAUUGUAGGCAGCUGUGCGACUGUCCUUGCACUGGUGGUUUUGAGUCUCAUUCUGUGCAACUACUGCAAGGGCCGCAAGAAAACUAAAGUGCCAACAGAACAGAAGAAAACAAAGGAAAAGAAGAAAAAGAAAGGCAGCGAGAAUGUGGCGUUUGAUGAUCCGGACAACAUUCCGCCAUAUGUAGAUGACAUGACGGUCCGUAAACAGCCCGAAGGAAAUCCCAAACCUGACAUCAUAGAGCGUGAAAACCCCUACCUGAUAUACGAUGAAACCAACAUCCCGCACAACAACGAAACCAUUCCUAGCGCCCCCUGUGCCCCGUGUGCCGGGCCAGAUGCCGACAUGGAACACUAUGACAUUGACAAUGCCAGCAGCAUCGCACCAUCAGAUGCUGACAUCAUCCAGCACUACAAACACUUCCGUAGCCACACGCCCAAAUUUUCCAUCCAACGCCACAGUCCGCUAGGAUUUGCCCGCCAGUCUCCACUCCCGCUUGGGGCCACCAGCUACACUUACCAGCCCACAUACACCCAGGGUCUCCGCUCGACACCCCUUAGCCAUUCAGCUUGCCCAACGCCCAAUCCCCUCUCACGCCACAGCCCCGCCCACUUCAGUAAGCCAUCGUCCUUCUACCGAAACACUCCGACCCGUGAGCUCAACUUGGCACGCCGCGAAGGCAGCCCUCUUGACUUUCAUGGCGAUGUGUGUCAGCCUGGCAUGUUCAACUAUGCCACACGGUUGGGUCGCCGCAGUAAGAGCCCUCAGACAAUGGUGGGUCACGGCUCUCGCCCCGGGAGCCGUCUAAAGCAGCCCAUUGAGCAGAUUCCGUUAGAGAGUGGCCCGCCUGUGGGAUUGUCCAUAGAGGAGGUGGAACGCCUGAACACUCCACGACCCAGGAACCCCAGCAUCUGCAGCGCCGACCACGGUCGCUCUUCAUCCGAGGAAGACUGCCGUCGGCCACUCUCUCGCAUCCGGAACCCAGCAGACGGCAUCCCGGCUCCAGAAUCUUCCUCCGAGAGUGACUCCCACGACUCCUUCACGUGCUCGGAGAUGGAGUAUGACCGCGAGAAACCUGUCUCCUACAGUUCUCGCAUGCCUAAGCUCUCGCAAGUCAAUGAGUCUGACGCUGAUGACGAGGACCACGGAGGAAGGUUGAGACAGCGUAGAUACUCGAACCGGCGUGCCGAGGGUGGGCCAGCCAGUAACCAUAACACCCUCUCUGAACAUCAACACUACACUUUACCCCACAAACUUGGCCAAGGGUCCAACAACUUCAACUGGGACAACAUGCUUAACUGGGGUCCGGGCUUCACCCACUAUGUGGAUGUUUUUAAAGACUUGGCACUGCUGCCUGAGAACUCUGCUGCUAAAGACAUCGAGAUGAAGAGCAGCGACGGAUCCAUCACGAUUCUGAAUGAGGGCGAAGCUGACCAGUAUGUAUGAGAAUCACUUCAUCACUUCACCCUCUGGGACUCACGUCUGGAGCAAUGACAGACACUUACUUACAAAAAUGAACAUUGUGGUUAUUUCUGAUAUUUGAUUAGGACGAACUUAAAUGCAGUAAGGCAGAGCACUGAUUCGAAAGACUCCCUGUCAGAAACACAAUAAACUCCAAACUCCCUUUUACAGAGUGCAAUAUAGACAAGCACAUGCUCUACAGACUUUGCAUUGGGUUGCAUAGUCUAGUUCUGCCACUAGUCAACACUUUGGGUCAGUCAACUAGUCAUGGACCACAAAUGACAUUCUGCUUCUUGUGUAAAGAAAUUGCAAAUUCCUUAGUCCACAAACCCUGUCCCAGUCUAGCCACAUGACAGCUUUGUCAAGAGACAUGUAAUGGCCAAAUUGUAACUGUGCAUCAGAUAUUUGAGGUAGUUUUGAUUUAGUGGUCUCAAGGCAAAUUUACCACCCAGAAACGAAGUGCAUGGAGUCAUUUACAUAAGGAAAACAUUGUUUCAAUUACUAGUUUGACACUUUUUUUGUACUAGAUGACUAGUGGAAAUGAGCAGUCGUGCAACCCCUAUGUGCGACAGACACACCAGUCCACCCAAUGGAGACACCAGGAGGCUUGGAGAAGUACACAUAUGAAGUAAAUCAGUUGCGACCCCUCUGUCCAGGCCGACCGAGAUCAGAGCGUUGGAAUAAAGAUGAAAGGUGUGAUAGUGUCUGAUCUCUAGGAAUCACAUCCAUGAGUUCAGUGUUGAAGAGCAGGGCUGUAUUUGGCUCCGAUUCUUCUCAAUCCGGCCAAAAGAGCGAGAAAGCUCUGGAAGGGUCUGCCAAGAGCGAGUGUUUCUCAUCCUGAGUAACUGGCUGCCAUCUAAAACAACAAAACCUCCAGAUAUGAGAGUAAUCAGGGCUUUGCCUUCUGGAUAUUUGAGGAUUUACCUUUGGGAGCGCAGACACUGACUUUUCGGCCGUUUGUGUUGGUGCAUUUCGUAUGAACACGUUUGACCCGUCCCAACGAAAACCGCAACUGCUAUAAGAAAACUAUGAACGUGUACAUUUUGUAUUAACGAGGCUUUUUGGAAGUCAACAUUCUCUGUUGUCAUGUGUUUUUGUUUUAAUUGGUUUCUACUUUUGUACUGUUUAUUAACUUAAAUGUGCAGCAGUGUUUUUAUGGAUAUUUUUCAUAUGCUGGAAAUGAGGUUCUUGCUUUCAGAGGAAGUAAUAUUGAACUUCUUAUUUUUUACAGUUGUUACUUAUGUAACGUCAGUGUUUUUUCCACUAUUUUGAUAAAACUAUAACACAAUUUCUGAUUUAUACAUGUAAAAAGCCAAUAA